UACAAAGAAUCGACUUUUUUUCAGCUUCUUUGGUACGAUUUUAUUUUGUGGUUAUUAUCACGUAUCUUUGAUUGUUUUUUCAGAGAGAUUCGUCCAAGAGGUGCUUUUAGAGUUCCCAAGACUGGUCCAUUAAUUUUUGUUGCUGCUCCUCAUGCUAACCAGUUUAUUGAUCCAGUCAUCUUGAUGAACCAGGUCAAACAACAAUGUGGUCGAAGAAUUAGUUUUUUGAUUGCUGCAAACUCCUUGAAAAGACUCGUCAUUGGGUUUUUAGCUAAAUCUGCCCUAUCGAUUGGUGUGAAUAGGCCCCAAGAUAACUUGAAAUUUGUUAAUGGCAAAAUUUUCGUGAAAGAUUUAGAUAAUAAUCCUACAAUAAUCACUGGAGUUGACACAGCUUUUACAAAAGAUUGCACUAUCAAGGGAUUAAUAGCACUACCGAGUUCUUUAGGCACUGCAGUUAUUCAAGAGAUUGUAUCGGAUACCGAGUUAAUAAUUAAAAAGCCAUUUGAUUUACGAAAAAACUCAAACAAAAUUAGAAAUCUAUUGACAACCGGCACAACUUUUAAAAUCGCUAAAAAGGUUGAUCAGAAUGUUGUUUAUAAAAAAGUAUUCAAUCAUCUAUCUCAUAAUCAUUGCAUUGGAAUCUUUCCUGAAGGUGGAUCUCAUGAUAGAACAACGUUAUUGCCAUUAAAAGCUGGAGUGGCAAUUAUGGCAUUGGGUGCGAUGGCAAAUGAUGCCAAUUGCAAUGUUAAAAUCAUUCCAUGUGGAAUGAACUAUUUCCAUCCACAUAAAUACAGAUCAAGAGCAGUUAUCGAAUUUGGCCAUCCAAUUGAUAUACCAAGGGAGUUGGUUGAAAAAUAUUCAAAUUCCGAAACCCAUAACGAUUCCGUCACUGAAUUAUUAAAGAUUGUAUCUGAUGGUUUGAAAUCUGUUACAGUUGAAUGUCCGGAUUUUGAGACAUUGAUGGUUGUCCAAACAGUUCGAAGAUUGUACUCGAAUAAUUUUGCAAACAAAUUGCCCUUGCCAUUGAUUAUUGAAUUGAAUCGGAGAUUGGUUAAGGGAUACGAUCAUUUCAAGAAAUUAAAACAAGUUGAGAUAUUGAAAGAAAAGAUCUUGGAAUACAACAAGCAAUUGAACCAUUUACACAUUCCAGAUCAUUUGGUUGAAGACGCUAAAAUCGACAUUCCAAGAAACAUGUGUUUAUUGAUAUACAGGUCGAUUAAGUUACUGUUAUUGGCUAUAUUGGCAUUGCCUGGAACCAUUUUAUUCUCACCAAUUUUCAUUGCUACUAAAAAGAUAUCAAAGAAAAAAGCAGCAGAAGCAUUGGCUAAUUCGACAGUUAAGAUCAAGGCCAAUGACGUUAUAGCCACAUGGAAAAUAUUGAUUUCUAUGGUUUUCGCGCCAUUGUUGUAUACAUUUUACGCAACGAUUUCAGCGUGGUAUUGUUAUAAAUACCAUUUAGAUUAUUUUCGAAAAUGGGGAUUAACGUUGGUGUUUAUCGGUAUUUAUUUGUUAUCGUGUUUGGUUACAUAUGCAGCGUUGUAUGUUGGGGAUCAGGGAAUGGAUUUGUUCAAGAGUUUAAGGCCGUUAUAUUUGUCAGUGAUUGAUCCAAUUGAGUUGAACAAUUUGAAGUUGUAUCGAAAGGAAUUGUCAAUUGAGAUUACUGAUUUUAUUAAUGAGUUUGGGCCUGAGUUGUAUCCUGAUUUUAAUUUAUUGGAACAAAGAGAUAAGUAUUUAAACAAGGGGAAUAAGACCAAGAAAGGGGGUGAUAAGAAUAAGGUAAUGGAUUCAGAUGAUGAAGAGGAAGAAUUGAAGACAAUGGCGUUGCGAAGAAGAAGAGUUGCUAAAAAAAGAAGAGAAGUAGGAAAAGAGAGGUCAGGAUCUGUUUCAUCGAGCACAGAUAUU